AUGGCUGAUCUAUUGCCUGAAUGUCUCAUUCAUAAAAUACUUUCUUACCUUAGUUUAACAGAAGCAACUCGGUUGAGUAUUCUCUCGAAAACAUGGUUGCAAGCAUGUUCGACUCUUCCCAACUUGGAAUUCACAGUUAAGUAUCGCAACAAUUUGAAAAUAGUGGAUAAUAUCAUGGAGAGAUAUCGGGAUGAAAAAAUCCCUAUUGAAAAGUUUGAAUUAUCAGACUUUAGUUAUUUGCGUUUAGUUUUCCCUAUGUUUGAUAAAUGGCUUGACAUUGCACUUCAGAACCGUGUACAACAUAUUGUCUUCGGUGUUCCUAGCUAUACGUCGUACCCCUUGCCUAUUUUCAAAAUCUUUGCAUCAAAAUCUUUAAGAGAAUUGGUUCUAAGGGGUAGUAAUUUAAAGCAUGUUUCAUUAUCUAGUGGUGUGGUGAAGUGCAAUUCGUUGAGAAAGCUUACUCUAUCUGAUGUAGUUUUAGAUGAAAACAUGCUUCAGACUCUACUUAAUAGUUGUCCGUUUAUUUUCAAUUUCAUCUUUGAUAAUUGUUACGGGUUGAAAAAGAUUGAGCUACUGAAUAAUCUUCAAAAGAUCAAGUUGGUUUUAAUUUGGAAAGCUGGAAACCAGCUCGUUAAAAUUCAAGCACCAACUCUUGAACACUUGUCUUAUGUUACUCAACCGGAAACUUCUCCUAAGUUGGAUAUUGUUGAUGCUCCAAAUUUGGUGUCACUUGUGUAUGAGGGAAAUCUAGUGCCCACGAUUUUCGUGGAUGAUAAAUUGCCAUGGAGUUGUCAUCCUAGGAGACUCCUCCUCGAGUCAAAUGGUACAACGAUUGCAUAUGUCAUGGACCGUUUAAUGUACAUGAAGAGUUCGAGUCAAUUAAAAGAACUAAAACUCUAUAGAUUUGAUUGGGGAGAAGUGAGAUGGCAAUUUGUGGAACUCGGAAGGGGAAAGGAGAUCCUCUUGUUUGUCAAAAAGGGACUAGUUGUUCGGUAUGAAACCUUUGAACAACUUAACUGCAUUGAUGCUUAUGCAUCUGCUAUUGAUAACAUGAAACUCGAGGUCAAUUUUACCAGACUUGUGGUUUUUGCAUUGAAUCAGUCUAUAUGA